AAACAUCCUUUUCAGGAAGCAAAUUUACAUUCUGCCCCUUCACUCUCCCUCUCUCUCUCUCUCUCUUUUUCUCUGAGAGUCGCAUUUGAUUUCUCGUCCUCUCUAUCGAGUUGCGAAGAAUCGAACCCUAGUGGUCGAGAAAUGGGUCAGAUCCAGUACUCCGAAAAGUACUUCGACGACACCUACGAGUACAGGCAUGUGGUGCUUCCUCCUGAAACGGCGAAACUGCUUCCCAAGAAUCGCCUCCUCUCUGAAAAUGAAUGGCGUGCGAUUGGGGUUCAGCAGAGCCGAGGGUGGGUGCACUAUGCGAUUCAUCGCCCCGAGCCGCACAUCAUGUUGUUCAGGAGGCCUCUGAACUAUCAACAGCAGCAGGAGAACCAGGCCCUGCAGAACGUGCUUGCAAAGUGAUCGAUCAUUUGACUCAAUUUCGCUUUUAAUCU